AUGAUCCAGGCGGCCAUCGAACACUUCGACGAGCAAUUGUUGGGCGUCAACGUGGACUUCGGAGCCGUGAAGGUCACCGUGGGGGAAGGAGUCGUGGCGGUUCACGACUUGACGCUGGAGAAUCCCUACGGCUUCUGGUCCCCAUAUUUUGUGCACAUUGGAGAGCUCUUGGUAGACAUCGAUUUGCAAGCGUUCAUGACGUCCAUGGGGCGACAAGUGGUGAUUGAACGCCUACAGCUGCGUGAUGUAGAUGUCAUCUGGGAAGGUGGUCUGGUCAGUUCCAACCUGCGGCACUUUUUGAAGCUGCUGCAGGGGGACAAGGCUAAGACGCCCCGGCCGGCAUCCGCAGCGAAGGAUGGGGUGCAGACCACUGUCCAAGAGGUGCUUGCGGAAGGCAUGACCUUGAAAAUUGCCAAUUAUUGGCUUUGUGGUUGUGGCCCUCGCAUUAUGGCGGAAGACUUCUAUACCACCAACUUUGCUGAGGAGAAUUUGGCCCUGAGCAUUCCGGAAAUGCUGGUGACCACAAUACUCUCCAGCGUCCUGGCCAGUGUUCUUGGAAGAGACGUUGCCAGGAUCUUGAUGGAGGGCACUUCCAGUGGCUUGCGCUUCUUUGCCGACUGCUUCUGGCAUUUCGUGGCCAUUUGCGGCUACGCCCUACGUUGUUGCAGCCGCCAGCGCCAAGGUCAGCCCGUCCAAGCCAAACCGCGAAAGGCAAAACCCAAAGCCGCGGCCAAGCAAAGUAGUAGCUGUGGCAACUGCGGCAACUGCCUGCCUUGUGAGGCCCUACUAGCUAGAAGACCUGGAAACUGAGGAAACUGAGGAAAGUGAUGGAAAA